AUGCUGGAUUUGGUAGUCCUGGAGCAGUUCCUGGCCAUUCUGCCUCUGCAGAUGAAACAUUGGUUGUGGGAAUGUGGAGCCGAAACCAGUUCCCAGGCAGUGGCUCUGGCUGAAGGCUUCCUCCUGAGUCAGGCGGAGGAGAAGGAGCAAGGAGAGUUGCAGAUAGAGGCGCUCCUUCAGGAAUUGAUGGCUGAGCAUCCUAAGGCAAGAUGUGAUCCGUUAAAUCCUUGUCAGGAGAAUUUCAUUGGAGGAAUUUCUCCAAAGGAUCUGAAUCCAGACAUGCCACCAGGGGCAGAGAACAGAGACAUAUCUCAGCUGAUAGGAGAAACAUCUCCUCUUUCCGAUAAUGCAGAAGCAGCUGUUGGCUUUCCAGGGCAGGUAGGAGGAAAAUUUCCUGUGCCCCCCUCACCCGCAAAUGCAAAUAUGGUUAAGGCAAGAAGCGUCCUGGCUAUCUCCCACCUCCAUUUCAACCUUUGUUCCAACAUGGGACUCUUUCCAUCUCAGCAGGUCCAUGUGGCUUGUUCUUUUCUUACCUCUUGA